AUGAGAAUUGGCCACCCCGAUCUCAGGCAAUGCAGAAUGGCUUCCAAGAUAAUAGCUUUUAUGCCAAUGGUCGCUAUGCGGCUCCAGCAGCCAUGGCUCAACCUUUCACAGAUAUAUCUGAUGCCCAAUCUAAAGGUGGUGGAAGCUGUGUCUUCCCCUAAUCUCUCAGAUUCUGAUAGUGUUAGUUCACAAAUUCCUUCUAUUGGAAUUCAAGAGGAUUUUAUGGAUGCAAUAGUGUACUAUUCUAGUUCUGAUGGCAAGUCUAAGAAGCAUCCCAGAGCCAGUUCAGGUAAAGUCUCAGCAAAGAACAAGACCUCACCACUGAGAGGAGGUUGGACUAUGUCAGCUCCAACCCUGGAGGAUGAUACUGAUGAAGAGGAUUCUGAGGAUGCUGAUUCUGACUCAUCCGUCCACAACAAUAAGAGAUCAGCAACCAGUCAAGAUGAGAUUGACUCCAGGACUCAGAAGAAAAAGAAUGCAGUUGUAGCUGAAGGGAUGGUGCAGGACAAGUUACCAACAGGAACUGAUUCAAGUUUGCCUGUUGAAGAGCUGAAGAGUUUUGCGAUGGUUGAACCAGAUCAACGACCUUCAAUCUAA